GCGGCGUUGGGGAUCAUUCAAUAUCUGUAUACCGCGGUCAUCAGGCUUCGUCGCACAUAGCGUGCUUUAAAUAACAGUGUUUCAUGCAUGUCUCUGUCCCAUCUCGCUCUCGAACACGGUGGUGAACAACCUCUCUACUCGGAUUCAAUAGUCCUUAAUCGUUCUCUGUCGCCAGCCUGCUAUGGAUUCGCUUUUCACCCAAGACGAUCAGGCUCCAGUCACUCCGUUCAGUAGCUAUACGCCGCGUGUCGCAAUCGUCACGGGCGGUGCACAGGGUCUAGGAUAUGCUAUUUCUAACAGACUCGCUGACGAUGGAAUCGAUAUCGCAGUUAAUGAUAUCGCAUCUAAGCAAGACCAGAUAAACUCUGUUGUCGAAGAAUUGCGUAAGAAAGGUCGGCGUGCAAUUGCCGUCCCAGGAGACGUAUCCUCAGAGGCGGACGUGAUUGCCAUUACUGAGAAGACUGUGAAGGAAUUGGGGAGUGUGGAUAUUAUGGUUGCGAAUGCAGGAAUUGCACGGCUCUGUAGCUUCCUUCAGACAAGCGUCGAUACUUAUGACAGUGUCCUUGGAAUUAAUGCUCGCGGUGUUUUUAUGUGCUUCAAAUAUGCCGCGCUGCAGAUGAUAAAGCAAGGACGUGGCGGAAGACUCAUCGCCGCGAGCUCCAUCAUGGGCAAACAAGGAUCACAAAAUUUGACAGCUUAUUGUGCUUCUAAGUUUGCUGUGCGUGGGAUUGUGCAGACCGCAGCUAUUGAAUUGCGCAGACAUGGUAUUACGGUGAAUGCAUAUGCACCUGGACGUAUCCAAACGGGAAUAUCAACUGGAGUGGCUGUUGAUACUAAACAGCGUGAUUUGGUACUCGGUCUGCUUGCCAAUGCCCCUAAUGGGGAGCCGGAGAACGUUGCUAGUCUCGUAUCGUACUUGGCGAAGCCCGAGUCUCACUUUAUAAACGGGCAAGCCAUUACUGCUGACGGAGGUUUCCGCUUUGAUUGAACACCAUUGUCAAAGAAGAAAGUAAGAAAU